ACUUCUAUUGUUUUUACUCGUGGUAAUAUCAAUAAGAAUGCUGUUAAAACAGUUGCCCCAGGCCGUGAAACAGCUGCGCUGCAUUUCCUCAGCCACGACAGCGGUUACCAGGCUGCAUCGCUCCGUCUACUGCCGCCUGUAUCCUACAGUGGUGGUCCAGCCGGACGGAUCCACCAUUAAUAUCCGCUAUCACGAGCCACGCAAAAUCAUCAAGUUGCCUUUGGAUUUGACCACUUUGUCGGACGCCGAGCGAAAGUCCCGCCUGGAGGCGCGUAAGCCGCGCAAGAAGGUCAGGAUUAUGGAGGAGGUGGACGACAACUUCAAUGCCAAAAAGUACAUGAAGUAUAUCAAGAAAAAGUAGUCUUUCUGCUUAAAUGUUACAACUAUAGAUAAUAAAACUUAUAAAUUUUGUUACAUAAGUCUGGCAGCUCACAUUGCGUUGCACGGAGCUGCCACAUCCGAAAUUAAAGGUCACAAAAGACUUGUUCCAUUA